AGAAAGCAAAGUGCAGAAGUAGUAGUGUAUGGAAAACUGUGCAUAGGAUAGGUGCAAUUUCUACAGUGUUGACUAUAGCUCUGAGCUAAAGGCAUUACAUGUGGACAAUGCAGCUAAAGAGCGUGGAAGUGGAACUGCUUGAGAUGUUCAUCUUGCAAUACAAUUUACCACGUUUUCUUGUUUUAAGUGUAUAUAUAUAUGUUUUUCGUUUACUGCGAUCUAAAUGCCAGGGUUUGCAAUGCUGUAUCCACUUACUCAAGUUUAGAUCUUUUUAUAUAAAUAUCUUUUUUUUCAAAAUCGCAUUUUAAAUAUGAGAAUGCUUCCAAUCAUGAAUUCCACAGAUCUCGACUCACUUUUUCAGUUUCCUUCUACCAACACUUCAUUUUUGUCAAUGCGUUUGCAGUCUAAAACCGUGGCCACUUCUGCGACCAUGUUUGCAGUCGGGGUUCUGGGGAACGUCAUCGCCAUCGUGGUCCUCUGCACAUCCAAGAAGGAACAGAAAGAAACCACUUUCUACAGUUUGGUCUGCGGAAUGGCCAUCACGGACCUCCUGGGGACCUGCUUCACCAGUCCUGUAGUCAUCGCUACAUAUGUGAUUAAUCAGUGGCCCGGAGGAGACUUGUUGUGCCAGUUCUUUUCGUUUUCCAUGCUGUUCUUCGGCUCUGCUGGCAUGUCUAUUCUCUGCGCGAUGGCUGUCGAGAGGUACCUAGCCAUAAACCAUGCCUACUUUUACUCCCACUACGUGGACAGAGCUAUGGCUAAAGUGGUGCUGAUGGCCGUCUAUUUAUCCAACGCGGUUCUGUGCGCCAUGCCAAGCUUCGGUUUCGGGAAACAUGUAAGGCACUUUCCAGGCACCUGGUGUUUUUUGGACUGGAGGGCGCCGGAUGCCCUUUCUGCCUCCUAUUCUUAUUUGUACGCGGGAUUCAUGGUGUUUCUGAUAGCUGUGACUGUGCUGUGUAACCUGGCUGUCUGCGGCUCGCUGGUGCGUAUGAGCCAGAGAGCACGGCUGGUAAGAGCAGAGGUGUCUGCACAAGGCAGUUCAAGACGCGGGCGCAGGUUUCCCCGGCUCCCCUCAGUUGCUUCAGCCACAGAAGUCCAAAUGUUUUGGUUGCUUAUUUUUAUGACUAUCAUUUUCCUGAUCUGUUCUAUCCCUUUGGUGGUGCAGAUAUUUAUGAACCAGCUCUACGGACCUGCAAACAUCUUAGCUGGGGGAAAGCCUGAUUACCGCAGCGAUCUAAUGGCAAUCCGGUUCGCCUCCUUCAACCCCAUCCUGGACCCCUGGGUUUACAUCCUGUGCCGGAAGAACCUGCUGAUCAAGGGGUGUGAGCGGGUGAAGCGUACAUUGAGCAUCACCAGGGAAGGCCAUGCUCACAAGGUGGGCUGGACAAGCGGGCAGCAAACACCCCCUUCAUACAUCAACAGCAUCAGCACCAGCUACGCCUCCCUGCGAUGCCACGCUGACAGAGACGGCGCCCCGAAACUGAGCGAAACUAGGACUAAAUCUUUCACUGACUUCACCACUCAGCAGACCUGGGAUAUGGACACGUCCAAGGCAAACUUUCAUCCCUUUAGCAUCCAACAGGAUGAGGGUGUGGAUUUUGAGAAAGAUACACCUGUUUCAACCAGUCCAGCGCACGCUAAACCCCUCCUGUGCACCAUCCUCCAGAAGACCCCCACCCCAGAGAGCUGCCGAUGCGGGGGCCUCUCACAGUGCGGUGAAGUGGCACAGCAGAACCAUGACAGACAGUUUGACAUUGUCACCUGCACUUUCAGCACGCCCACCUCAUGCACGUCUGAAAAAUCUAUAUGAUAGAUUUGCACUAUUAAGAACAAGAAAGUUUACAGGUACACACAAGUGCAAGUUUGGAGAGUUUUUGGAAUCUUAUAUUCAGACAUGCUUCCUGUCACAGUACUGUCCCAUCUGAUACCAGCUGCUAUUGAAGUUGAUUCGUGCAAGUAGUUAUUUUUAUUUAUGUGGUGUGGCAUAGCUGGUGAGUACAGAAUUGAAGAACAAUGCAGUCAAAGAACAUUGUCUCAGCUAUCUCAGCAUGUAUUUGUGCAACACAGUGACACCAUUUCAAUCAUCCUUGCAAAAAUGUCGAACUAAUCAAAAAACAGUGUUCAUUUCACAUAACCUCAUCAGAUGCUUUUAUUCAAAGGGAUCAGGAAACAAUUUAGUAACCAAAGCACUACAAAAUGAAUAUUUAGUGUUGAGAAUGAAAGUCACACGACAAAGGGAUGGGCAAAACCAGGACAAAGUGACAACAAUGCAUUCCAAAAAAUGUAACCUUUUUUUUAUUUGUGUUUCUAAAAAACUACAAGACUGGAUCCUAUAGAGGGUCACUUCUGGAGGUAUUUAAAAGUACCAGACCAUAGAAGGAAGGUUAUAUAAACCUCCAGCAUCUACACAGUACUGGUAAUAAAGGACAUAUUAGGAAUAUGGAAAUCAUACAUUUUAUGGUUUUAAAAAGGCAAGUAUAUGUGUGGUGGGAGAUCUGCAACAGAUGACAGUUAAAACAUGCCAUGAUCAUUUAUAAAUAGGGCUUCUGAUUUUUGGUUUUAACUGCUAAAACCCGCUAAAACACCCCCGAUACAAAAAAAAUGAAAUCGGUGGCUAGCCAAUAAACACCGGAAAACACCGGGAAAACCGUGGAAAUGAUUAAUUCACGUUGACUUUACCCUUUUCCCAUUAAAAAAUAAAAUCUACUACAAAAAUAAUAAUAAAUACAUUCCCAGUGCUGCUGGGCAAUGUCCCGCCUUCCUGACUUGCAUCUAUCAUUGAUUCGUUCUCAAUACUUUAAACCCGCCCCAACUACUGAAUGACAGCACAUUCCUACAUUUCUAUUGGAGACUCCGCUUGCGAGAUUUAAUACGAGAUCACAUUCAGGAUGGAGGCUUGUUAGGAUUUCAAGCUGUAUUACAGUUAAGAUACGGAGGAUUUAAAACAGAAUUGUGGCGAAAUGUACAAAAAUGCCUACACACAAAAACCCCAGAAGAAUGUGCCCAUGACCAUAGGGAUUUCGUUGUGGAAGACAGCAAAGGAAAGAAGGUACAACUUAAGUGUGCAAGUGCUGUCGAGUUUCUAUACAUAUUUUGACACACAAGAAAAACACUCAAGCAUUUUGGAAAAUAAACGAAAACACUCAUUUCAUACAGUAUAUCAAAAACGAAAGCCCCGAAAAAAACAAUUUACACAAAACAUGAAAAUAGCUAAAAAUAAGCACCGAAAAAUACAAUUAAUAAAACCCGAAAAACAGAAGCCCAAUUUAUAAAUCAAAAUUGGAUUCAACUAAACUGUUCUGAAUUUCACGUUUGAAUGGAAAGGUUAUGUCCAGGCAUACAAUUGUAGAUUUUGUAAGCAUUGCUUCGGGCUGCUUCCGAUUCAUUUGAACAAGGGUCAACAGAGCAAGACUGAACAUUCCAGGAGCAGAAGAGUGGGCUCUUAUCGACUUUAUUCAUAGUUUAAGUUUAAACCUUACCAAGUAAUGACUAUGUGAAACAAUAGCACAUGAGAAGACCGUACUGAGCGUCUUCUGUUUUUGUGGCUUGACAUGGAAUGAAAAUAAGCUCAUUGUUCUGUUAAAUGAUUGGUUAAUUGUUAGAGCUUUUUAUGAUGUAUGCUGCAAUAUUGAGAUAUGUUGUCAUUGUUUAACUGGUAUUGUAUAGUAGCAGGUGGGGUCAACAAAGCUGAAAGGUCACAAUAGCAUGUGAUUACAAAGAACCAAAAAGCAAAACACAUGGCAUGCUAUUGGAGAAAAAGGAUCAAACAUCUUAAUAUUCGAGUAGUCAUAAACAUGUAAGGGAUGGGAACAAAAUGUGUCUCUAAAUCCUUUAAUGAUGUGCAUUUAUUGCAUAAGGUGUGCAAUCAUAAAAUGUGGUGGUAUUUAUUUUAUUUAUUUAUUUACAAAUUGCAAAGGGUGAGUUUAUGGGACCACUAAUGCACAGAUGAUAUAAUUGACAAUACCUGGUUGAUUGUAAGGUUAGCCUUAUGUAACAUUUACAGCAAAAAAAGAAGAAAAAAAAAGACGAUUAUAAGACAUGCAUUAAAUGUCCUGUUUUUUGUUUUUUUUUACAAAACUGAUCAGACAGACAUGUUUUAAUGUAACAUUAAGCUUUAACACUUGUGGAACUUAAAAACAAGGGAUUUAAAGAAAAAAAACAUUCAUCAACAAUAAAAUAAUCCUCUGGUUUACCAGAGCUCCUUAUACAGUUCUCAAAUGAGUCCCUUUAUGUGUGCAAAGCUUUAACGUACAGCUGUCUCUUCACAUGCUUGCUGUCCUUUUUACCUGCACUGCAUGUUGGGAAGUACUUGAGUGUAAAUAUUAAAGCUAAUAAACUGUACUGUAUUGUCAUUUCUUGUAUAAUGAUUUUGAUAAGGUGAUAGUGUCAGUUUAAAUACAAACUGGA